AUGGCAUUCCUGGACCAGGAACAAAGCUCCAAAGAGCUGGAUUUGGAGGAGAUAACUAGGGAAAUUUCUUUUCUUGACAAAUGGAGGGAAAUCUUUAGUUAUCACAGGUUGGGAACCAAUAAUACAACUUCUCAGAAUCAUGGAGGCAGCCAUGUGUCUGCUGAUAAGAGUGAAGAUGGACCAGGAACCCCUCAGCCCAAAAGACAAGGACUCUUGCCAUCAAGUGGCCCUUGUUCUGCUCCCAAGCCCUCCAUCAUCUCUUCAAAGUGGAACAGCUUUCCUGUCUCCCUAGCAAUGGCCACGAAGCUGCAGCAGAGCCUCUUUGGAAAUACGGUCUAUGUCUUCAGCUGUGAUUGGAAAAAGGCCUGUUUCAGGUUCCAUGAUCCUUUUUCUGACCUGGCUUUUGCUUUGGAAGUGGAAAAGGGAGGUGCCCAAAGUGUUCAGAUGGCCGUACAAGGAUUGAUCAUCAAGUACUUGCUGUUUACAAGGGAGGAGAAAGACAGUAACUUCCACAGUCUAUGUGCAAUAAGCAAGCAAGAGCAGAAGCAGGCCCUGGCUGCGGCACUCGCUGGUAUCCUGUGGGUGGCAGGAGAAGCUCAGAAGGCCACUGUCUGUCUUAUCACUGAGGACAUUCAAGUCACCUCAACUCUUGACUAUGCUGAGGACAAUUUCACUGAGAGGCUCCAGCUGUUUGAAGUUUCGGAGAAAGAGGCCACUGAGAAAUUCAUCUAUGAUCAUUUACAAUGUUUCAGUGGGGAAGGAAGCCAUGGUGUCAUCCUGUUUCUUUACAGCCUGAUCUUCUCCAGAACAUUUGAAAGGCUUCAGAAGGACCUGGAUGUCUCCGCCAUUCAUCUGCUACAACCAAAUGCUGGAGGCUUCCUAUGCAGGCAGGCAGUUUUGAACAUGGUUUUAACUGGAAGAGCAAGUCCACAUGUCUUUAAUGGCUGUCAAAAUGGAAAGUCUCAAGAAAUGCUACAUGGAGUCCCAGCACGCAGUGACAUUGGCUAUUUGCAGUGGGGGAAGCGCACCUCAGAGGAUGGGCUUUCCCAGGUGGGCAGCAUGCUGAAGACUCCCAAAUUGCCCAUUUGGCUGUGCAACAUCAAUGGAAGCUACAGUGUCCUUUUUAGCACAAACAGGCAGCUCCUAGCAGACUGGAAAGCGGAGCAGCGGUUUGAUCUGCACUGGUACUGUGGGCAGACCUUCCAGAAAAAGCCUGCCCGUCUUACAGUGGAUACUCACUCCCAUCACUGGGAAAGAGACCAGUGUGAGGAGGAACAUGGACCAGGAAGACGGUGUUCUCCAGUGGAGAUGGCAAUCAGAACUAAGUGGAGAGAAGCCACCAUUAACUGGAAUGGAACUGUUCCCUUUUUCUAA